GUGACCUACUUUUUCGUGAGGUUACCGCGCAUCUAAUUUGCAUAGAAAGGGAGGGAAAGAAGAUGUCGUCCAUGAUCGGGAAUCGGCGCUCCAAAUGGGACCAGCCGGCCCAGGCAGGCGGAGGGCCGGGGUUGAUACAGCAGGGAGGAAACGGUGCAGACAACUCCAGCCCUGUGGAGGCAGCGGCUGCAGCGGCCGCCAAGAUUAACGCCAUGCUGGUGGCCAAGGGGAAGCUCAAACUGCCAGCACAGCAGAAUCAGAACAGUAGUAGUAAGCCAAAGUCUUCCUCUGUUCAGCCCCAGCAGCAGAAUCAGAGGAAGGAGGAGGUCUUCAUGGCAGAGAUAGAGAUUAAUGACGUCCCCAUCGGCUGUAGGAACUUACUAACCAGGGGACACACGCAGGAUGAGGUACACAAGAUGAGCGGAGCUGCAGUUUCCACAAGGGGCAGGUACAUGUCGCCAGAGGACAAGGCCAAAAAUAACUACGGGGAGAGACCUUUGUAUUUGUGUGUUCAGGGACCCAUCCAAGAAGCAGUGGACAAAGCGGUAAACAGGAUAAAGGAAAUCAUAGCGAACGGCAUGAAGAAAGAAGCGGCUAAGACGGGGGUGGUCGGUACGAUACCUGGUCCCAGACCCCCCUUGUUACCAGGCACAGGACCCCCACCCCCCCUGAUGACCCAACCCCCCAUCGGGCUACCCCCUCCUCAACAGCAUCUUCCACCAGGGAUGCAUUAUGUACAGGACAAGGUGUUUGUUGGUUUGGAACACGCCCCGCCAAACUUCAACGUGAGGGAAAAAGUCCUUGGAGUUGCGGGUUCUUACCUGGACCACAUCCAGAGGGAAACAGGUGCCAAAGUACAGCUCAGAGGGAAGGGUUCCGGCACCAUCGAGGCCACGUCAGGGAGGGAAGACUUCUCACCCAUGUACAUCUGGGUCAGCCACACAAACCCAGCAGGUCUGGACCAGGCAAAAAAGUUGUGCGAAAAUUUGUUGCAAACGAUUCACCAGGAGUAUGCAAAGUACCAACAGCAGAUAGCAGCAGGAAUCAUUCCUCCUCCUAACAUAGUACAAGGUGUUCCACAAGGCAAUAUGGGCAUCAACACUGGGAUGCCGCCUCCUUCGCAUGUUGGACAGGUGGGAUUAUCCCAGGGUGGUCCAACUACAGCCCCUCCCCCGUCCUCCAUGUCCCUGCCUGUGGGACUGCAACAGCCAGGCAUCCUACAACAGCCAGCUCCUGGGCAGCCAGGUCUGGGCAUGCCACAGACCACACAUCUGACUUUCACAGGACCGCCCCUGGGGAUGCAGCCCCCCCACCCCGGACAGCUGUUGCCAGGAGGGGCCCCGCCCGGGAUGCCCGGCAACCUACCCCCCACCACAGGUCUGGUGUCACCCGUGUUCAGUCAGGGGUCCUUGGUGAACCCCCCUCCCAGCCAGGCAGUGAUGACUGCACAGCAGAUCAUCUCCUCGCUGGCGUCGAGUCAGGCCCCUCCAGGUGGGAUGGUGCAGACCAGUAUCCUGUCACCACAACUACAGUCACUCCUACCACCCCAGCAACAACAGUUACCGGGCAUGCAGCAUCUGGACAUGCCGGGACAGAUGUCGGGUGCUCCACAGCAGCACCAGCCCCAGCACCCGUUCCUCCCGGGACAGCCGCCUCCCCAGCAGCUACAGAUGCAGCACAGCAUGCAGCCACCUGGCCAGCUGCUCAGGCCGCCCAUGCCGGUCACUUCUAACCAGCUGUUGCAACAGCAGCCGCAUGAGAUGAGCCUUGGUGGCCCCCCUCCAGGCCCCCCAUCCCUGCACUACAGCCAGGCCGACCAGCGGAGAGGAGAGCCCCCGCAGCAGCAGGCCCAGAAGAGACGCUUCACCGAGGAGCCGGAAAAGGACGACCUACAGGCCAUUCUGGGAUACCAGGUUGUUUCGCCCGUCUACUUCAGCAAGAGACCCGAGGCUGCUGAUGUCAUGCAGCCCCAUAUUCAUGGCCCUCCUCACUUGACUAAUCUAGGUAGUGGUCCGGCGUCGUCCCAGCCUCAGCCGCCCUCUAGCCAACCGCAGCAUCUUCCGGGAAACUUGCUGCCGCCUCCCGGAGGUCAUCCCGGCGGUCCUCCACCACACCUCCUCCUUCCACCGCCUCCGAGAGAAGAUGAAAGGGACAGGCAAUUGAUGCCGCCGCCUCCGCGACCGCCGGGGAUGCCAAGCGACCGGGAUCGGCAGCUCAUGCCACCCCCACCUCCACCCUCUGUUGCUAUGCCAGGUUAGCGUCCUACGCAUCCAAACUGACCUUGUUUGCCAUCUCUUCUCAACAGCAAACUGUGAUGUCACAUCCAAGCCAGUGGUCAGGAUAGCUUAAAUCCCAACCGAUUGACCGAAAGACUAAAAAAAAAUUACGUCUUUAUCUCUGCCUAGCUCACAGUGGUGAUUGUACAGAUGUGAAAUUGUUCAAAAUUUUUUCAGCCUGUUUCAGUUAGAACAAGACUGAUCGUUUUCGAGUCAUCCAUUUAGUUUUAGAUUCGGUGAAAAGAAGAGGCUUUUUUAUGCAGAUAGUUUUUGGGGAGAUGAUCAUCAUCUACCUGUAGGUGUUGGUUGUUAAUGUGUGUUCUGCAAAUGAUAUCCAGUGUUUUUUGCUUUAUGUAGAUGCUUCCUAUGAUGGGCCUACUAUCUAGAACUUCUAAACAGACAGUUUGAUGUGUUUCAGCAGUAUUUUCCUCAUUCUUUUUUUGCAAUCUUUUCAACUUCCUCGUCAAAAAUGAUACAUUUGUUCUUGGAGUAAAAUUCUCAAUAUGAAAUUUAGAUUAAAAAUGUUGCUUUCAUGCUUGGUGUAAAAAAUAUUUACCUAUUGGUACACAAAUGCAUGUGCAUGUUUGAAAUGCACAUUAUAUUUAUUUCAAGGGCUGCCUCCCUUACUGCCUUAUGUCUCUGGAAACUGAACAUUUCGUUUGAAAGUUCAUCUGUGUUGGUGGAGAUGAUUCUGAAGCAAAGUUUAACUGUAA